UAUGAUACGUUUUUCAUUAUACUAAGCUCAUUUGAUAAAAUGGCAUAUCGAUUUAAUUCCAUUUGGGGAAAAUUGGUUAAAUCAUCAGUGUUAUCUUCUUAUAUUAAACAGGGCUUAAAAGAAUUUAAAUUAUCUGAAAAUACUCAAAUUAAAGACUCUUCUGGAUAUAUAUACAAUAACCUUCAUAAAUCAUCAACAACAUCGCAAAAAAGUUUAAGAUAUAAUGAAAUACAGACGGAACUUCCUGUUCAGAAUGGAGUAGUUAGAAAUAUCGUUUAUAAUGGUCCAUCAGAAAUAAAGGUUUUUGCUUAUAAGCUAAUUAAAAACAAAGAGGGUGCUUAUUAUAAUCCCAGAGUUAAAGAAGUUCAGGCUAAAUUUGCAGAACAAGCAGCCAAAGGGGUGCCCAUUUAUUUUUGGGCUGGAACUAGAGAUUAUAUAGCCUUUGGAAUAUAUGUUGCUUUAUUAGUUUGUAUCCUUUCCAAUGCAUUAUAUGUGUUAUAUAGCUUUGUACAUAGAUAAUUAUUUAAUUUGAUUUUUGAAUAUCAAAUUUUUAUUUAUAUGUUAUUUGAUUUGUCUAACCAAUUAGAUUUAUUAUUAUAUGGUUUAAAGUGGAUAUAAAGAUUAUAAAGCCUCUAUCA